UUAGUUCAAAAGCACUAUCUGUUGGUGUGUAGAAGAGGGAAGGUAGAUUUGUCCGUAAUAAUAUUUGUUUGGCAAGAUAAGUAAAUGCAUCUUGCGCCCUUAACAGAGAAUAACAGUAAAUAAACGCAGUUUGAUAACAGUGAUGAGUGCAGUUCAAAUUUAAAAUAAGUGCUAAAUAUGAACAAACUCAUCGUUUUAUUAUUUAUAAUUCCUCUAAGUGCAGCAUUAAAUUUCGUCACACUUAAAUAUUGUUGCGGAGUUGGUACCCAGCAUGCUAAUUCCGGGCUCCAGUGUGAUGCUUUCAAGCCCCCUAUAGAGGGAAUACGAAAAGACGAUGAGUCUUCUUGUCUCCAUUCAAUCGACGUUUGUUGCAAAAACCGAAUUCAGGAAGUACAAUGCGAUCAAGGUAUAAAUGACGCUAAAAGUGGGCAAUCUUGUAACGGAGACGGUUUCAAAAAAGACUGUUGUGAGGCUUGUCAAUUGGGUAGCGACACAGGCAAGUCCACGAAAGCUUGUCAGGAGGCAGGACUCGGUCUUCCAUUCGAUAAAGCCUUUACUGAAUGUUGCAAAGAGGUGAUCGAGGCUCCAACCACAACAACUGAAAGAACAACCACUGCGGCAAUUAAAUCAACCCCAUCCACAAUUUACUCUCCACUACCACCUCUUGAAAACGUGUGUGAUAUUGGCGACGUUUGUGCACAAAUCUGUAUCCCGACCCAAGAUUCGUACAAAUGUACGUGUAAUAAAGGGUUCACUUUAAUGGGCGAUGGGGUCUCCUGCAAACCUGAUAAAAAUAAGUCAGCGAAAAAAAAUGACAGAUGUUCCGUGAAUAAUCCUUGUGAUCAUGAGUGCACCGACACAGGCGUCGCAAUUAAGUGUUCAUGUCGGGAAGGGUACGAGCUAGCCAAAGACAAAAGAACGUGCAAAGAUAUCGAUGAGUGCGCCCAGGGAAUCCACCAGUGCGAACCCAACGAAGAAUGUGUAAACGAAGAAGGUUCAUAUUUUUGCGACGAUCCGAAUUUCCAACCCGAAACCGACCUAAACACCGACAUCGAAUUAGACGGCAACUGUCCCACUGGCUACAAAUUUAAUUACGAAAAAAAAGUCUGUGAUGACAUUGAUGAAUGCGAGUUUGAUAUAAUUUGUCCACGGCCACAAACUUGCAUUAACACAAUUGGUUCGUUUAAAUGCGAGGAAAACACGCCCCAAUGCCCCCCAGGAUUUCACUACAAAGACUCAAUCGAGACGUGCACAGAUAUCGACGAAUGUAUAACCGGGGACAAUGAUUGCAACAAAGAAUCGCAAGUGUGUCUAAACACCAAAGGGAAUUACACUUGCAUAGAUAAAGUUUCGAAAAAAACAUGUCCCCCCGGUUUUAAAAAAAAUCCACUCACACAAAAUUGUGACGACAUUGAUGAGUGUGUUGAAAAUGAAGACCCGUGUGGACCCAAUGAAGACUGUGUUAAUGAGCCGGGAGGGCACAAUUGUGUCCCAAAAAGUGGCAAAAAGACCUAUGAGUAUCCAUUGCGGCCCCCUUACGAACCAGUUUUGCCCCCAAAACCCACAGAUCUGGUUACCAGUACCACUACUAGCACUAGUACUACUACGACUACUACCACUACAACGCCAAAACCUCACGCUACGUGUCCAACAGGAUUCAGAUACUCGUCGCAAACUAAUUCAUGCAUAGAUAUCGACGAAUGUUCCGAAGACAACCAAGCCUGUGACAGCAGUCAGGAAUGCUACAACAGCAUUGGAAGUUAUAUUUGCAAGUGCAAGCCUGGUUUUAAUAAAGAUUUCCAAACCGGAGCUUGCGUCGAUAUAAAUGAAUGCCAAUUAAAUUUACACGACUGUACCCAAGCCCAGCGCUGUGACAACACAAUUGGUUCUUAUUUAUGUGCCAGAAUAACGGGCUGUGGCACUGGCUACACCUUAAAUUACGCCAAUGGUUUAUGCGAAGACGACGAUGAGUGUGUCUUAGGCACCCACACUUGUAACAGUUUAGGUCCCAAUUUCAGGUGUCGCAACACUUUAGGUUCCUACCGUUGUGACCCUGUACGAAUCGUACCAAAACCUGCACCCACCCCUUUCAUCCCUGUUUUCUCCACACCUUUCAGUACACAAAAUUACCCUGUUCUUAUCGGGACACGCAAAAAGUGCCUUCCGGGGUACAUAAUGAACCAACACGGUGUCUGUGAAGAUAUAAACGAAUGUGAAAGCAACCCGUGUCCCAGGGGUCAAAAAUGUCUCAAUUUCAACGGUAGGUAUGAGUGCAUUUCUGAACUACAGUGCAAAAUUGGGUACGAAAUGGACGAAUCGGGAGAGAAAUGCCUUGAUAUAAAUGAGUGUACAAGAGGUACCCAUAAAUGUAAAGACACACAAAUUUGCAAAAACGGCAACGGAUUUUACACCUGUGAGUGUCCUCCGGGCCAUCACAUGGACCCCAGAACCCAAAGAUGUGAAGAUAUCGACGAAUGCAAACAUUACAGGGCAUGUUAUUUGAAUGCUGAAUGUGUGAAUACAGUCGGGUCGUACAAAUGUCACUGUAAAGAAGGAUUUCGUGGUAAGGGCAACUCCUGUGAAGAUAUUGAUGAAUGCAAAGAAAAUGCAGGAUUGUGUGAACACCGCUGUGUCAAUAUUUGGGGAUCUUAUCGAUGCGCUUGUAAACAGGGUUUUAUAUUAAGUUAUGACAACAGAACGUGUACGGAUAUCGACGAAUGUGAGAAAUUCAAAGAUAAGAAACUCUGUGUUGGGAUUUGUGACAAUGUUCCGGGGAGUUACCAGUGCAAAUGUCCAGAUGGGUACCGGUUAGGGAGCGAUGGGAGAACUUGCAUCGAUAUUGAUGAGUGCCAACAAAACGUCUGUCCUCACCACGAUGACAUUUGUUUAAAUACCCGUGGCGGCUAUAAGUGCUACACAAUCAAUUGCCCCCAUAAUUACAUCAGGGAUCCCCAGCAUAAAGGGCGUUGUAAAUUGCCGCAAAAUUUCUGCGACCGCAGAGACGUCCAAUGUAUCCUAAUGCCAGAGCAAUACACUUAUCACUACGUAACUCUCGUUUCAAAACUUCCAAUACUACGGGAGAGUGUCCAAUUUUUCCAGAUAAAUGGACCCAGAUGGGCCAUAACCCGGGCUGAAUUUUCAAUGGAAGUUGUUACCGUGCAAGCGCCGUAUGGUGUGGAAAAAGCCGACGAACGGUAUUUCAAAAUGGUCAAACUUGACCCCAACGCUAUGAAACUGUUUCUGGUACGAUCGAUUGAAGGCCCACAAGAAAUUCAACUAAAAGUUCAAAUGCAUCUCUACCAAAACAACAUACUGACAGCAAAUGUUGUUUCUUAUAUUUUUAUAGUAGUUUCAGCUUAUCCGUUUUAGAAUUAGUCAGGUGAAGGAUAGUGUGACUUUUCAAUGGUGUUAGUCUAUUUGGAAAAGUUACUUAGUUUGUACUUACUUUUUUAAACAAAUUUUAAUCAAAUAAAAAAUAUAAUACGUAUAAA